AUGCCCUCAAAACUGAUGUCUAUCUCAACCAAGGCCAUCUUCACAACCACAACCACAACCACACCCAACAACGACGAUCAACACUCCUCCUCCUCCUCCUCCUCCGCCUCAGUCUCUUCCCCUUCGUCCUCCAACUCUCCCAGCUCACUCUCUCCAGCGUCACCUGCUAUCGGGAUGAUGCAUACCGGUCUAGAUGUAUUACCAGCAGCAGCCAUGACCGCAACACCGCCUCCAGUCGACGACAACAACGACGUCGUGACCCCUUGCGCCCAACUGGCCAACAACACCAAAUAUGAACCAUCAUCAUCUGAUAUGGAGACCCUUGAACCAGGUGUCACUGCAACACUCCACAAGAAGGAUUCGGGAACAUCCAUGGGCUCAUCCGUCGUCUCUAGUCCUAUCGACUCUCGUCCACCAUCUCAAACCGCCCUCCGAACAGCAGACGACAACAGCUAUCCUACAUCGCCCACAGAACCUUCUCCUGUCCCAACAACAACAACAACAACAACAACAACAGCGGGAACACGGAGGUUCUCUCAAUCAGAUACUCCUUCGAUGAUGUCGCCAGCAGGAAGAGUCUUGACACGGCCCCUCUCGACCUCUAAGCUCUCCUCCAUCCCACUCACAGCACCCCAUAUCCUCCCAAAUCAACGAUAUGCAGGAUUUAACCUUGCUGCAUUUGGACAGCUCUCGCCUUCGUCCUCGACAGCAGCCGCUAUGACCAUUUCUCGAGCGGACUCCUUAGCCUUUUUGAACUCGAACUCUUCUGCAGGAUCGAGUCCAAAUCCGUACUUUGGCAUUUCAGCGGCGGUUGGCGGUAGUGGUGGUGCCUCGACUCCCAAUAGUCUCAUGGAGGGGAUCAUGUUACCAGGGGUGACGAGGACGACCAUGUGUGGCUCCGAUGCGAUUUCCUUACUAGACCUGGACGAUUCGCAUAACGACAUUGUGAUGAUUGACAGUAACGGCAACAGUAGUGGGAGCGCCGUAGUGGGCCCUGCAACUGUUGUUGAGACCAUGGCAUCUGCCUCGGCGAUUGUUAGCAAUAACCAUGCCUCGGCAAGUCAUCACCACACUCUUGGCGGUGCUGCGAGUGGGCUUGUUGCUGGACUGGGUGGUCUGACUACGGCUGUUUCUUCCGCCUCGUUGCUUACUGGGGGCGGAGGGCUCGGAGGGAGCGGUGGCGGUGGUUCUGGAGCUACUAGUGUUCUUGGAGGAGGAUCUGCGUUUGGUUCAGGACCGUCUUCAGGAUCGAAUAUCUCGCAGCCGAGAUCGUCACUCCCUUCGUUGACAUCGCAGGCAAAGAAGGAUGUUAUGCAGCGCGCAGCCAUGCUUGCUGCUAUGCAACAGAACGGAGGCGCAAAGAUCUUGGGAGCCCAUAGGGUUGGGCGACGUCAAGAUCGCCCUAAUCGCAAAAUCCGCUUUGGCGAUUAUCACAAGAUCUGUGAAAUCGAGUAUGGCUUUGACCAGGGCAAGCCUUUGGUGGCAAACGGCAGGACUCUGGUGCAUUCGACUGUCGUCCUCAGGAUAUGUGGCGACGAAGAACGAGAAGAGCAGCUAUAUCUAUUCUCAGAUGUCCUGGUUACUGGAACCAAGAUUAGGAAGGAGAAACCCAAGUCGGAGAAGAGUGCCAAUGAAGUACCCGCCAACGUUGCCACAGCCGAGGAAGUUGAAAAAGCAGAAGAUGUCUCUGCAGAUGAUCGACAACAAGGUCUGGCAGCAACAGUGGAGGAGUCUAAAGUGGAAAUGGUGGCGAUAGGACCUGAGGUUAAGGCGGAGAUGAUCACGGUCGAAGUCUCUAUCAAGGAGACGCUACUGGACAACCCGUACGCUGGACACCUAGAAAACCAACAAAUCUCGCGAUUGACUCAAGUUCAAGCUGACGUUGUUGAAGGAGAUGAGCGGCCAAUGUUGAAGGUCUCGAUGCCUCAGUCGACAUCGCUCCUCAUAUUUGAAUCAACGGCCACUCGGGACAUCUUCAAGUCACUCCUCACCGAGACCACCUACGCCCACAAGCACUACCUCCUCUCCCAGUCAAAGUACCUGGCUGACCUUAAAAAGUUCAAGCGCCACUCAGCCUUCUCCUUUGACACUUCCUUCCUCAAGACCUGGGGUAUCCCUGGAGGUCUCAACCUGGGAUCUCUCAAACCUGCAGGCGGAAGUGGCGGCCAUGGGGUUAUUGGACCCAACACGUUCACUAGCUCACCCGUUACUUCGCCCGGAGGAAGCGCCUUUGACCCUUACCAGCAUCAGCAGCACUUGAACCGUCCGCAGUCCAUGGCUGGAAGCCUAUUCGGGUUUGCUCUCAAUGGUGGGCCAUUCCAGCCGUUCUCGGGCCACAGUAAGGAGAGUUCUUAUGCGACACUGCGGGGUGCUAAUGCGGCCCAUGCGCUGCAGUACCACCAUCAACAACAGCAGAUGUUGCAGCAGCAGUUGCAGAAUCGACUGUCGAUGUCUUCGCUUGCUUCUGGGCGGGCUGGUGGAAUGGACAGGACCUCGUCCGGAUCAACGUUUGAUGCGCUGUGGUUCAUGAAGGGCGGUGAGACGGUCAAAAAUAGUCGCAGGAGUGUCGUACAUGCUGCUGCUGAGAAUGAGAGGGACAAACCUGCAGAGGAGGACCUGUCAGCGAACGUGGUAUCAGGCGAACCAACCACGACUGCAACUCAGCCGUCAUCUUCGUCCUCCACUGGGUCUCCUUCUUUGACAGUUAACACUGGUCUGGCGGCGGCAACAGCGGGUUCUUCGUCGGUACCAUCUCACCCUCCACUCUCGACCUCAUCAAGCUUCAACUCGAUCGCGACCCUGCGCAACGGAGCCGGUUGGGUCCGAGACGAGGAUGCGACUUACUGUAUGGUCUGCACUACGACCAAGUUCGGAGUCCUCAUCCGAAAGCACCACUGUCGUCUAUGCGGUCGUGUGAUCUGCUGGAAGUGCUGUCAGAUGAAAGACGCUGUCCUUCUAAACAACGAACAAGGUUUCUCUCCUACCGAGGCCGCCGCAUUGUCCCAGGAUUUCCGAAAGCCGAUCCGUGUUUGUCUCGAUUGUAUUGAACAGAACGCCGCUGCCUCGCAGGAAGGGAACAACAACCAGACGUCACAACCGUCUUCGCCUCAACAGCAGUCGAGCUCGUUCCCGCUCCAGGGUGUGCUGGGCAAGUUGAUGAGUUCUACGAUGACUAGUAGUCCUCAGAUUGUGGCUUCGCCUACUAAUGCGACUGGUAGCAGUACGUUUGCCAUGCCUCAGAUGGCCUCGACUCAGGCACCCCCCCAACAGCGCGGGCAAGGGUCGACACCAUCGUCGCACUAUCCCCGGAUAAUGAGCUACGGUCGGAAUGGUAACCCUUAUCCGCACCACCACCGCGCCUCUCUUUACCGGAUUGAUGUCGAGCGUGUCGGCGAGGAAGACGAGGAGGAGGAGGAGGACGAGGACGAGGAGGAGGACGAGGAGGAAGAGGAACAGGAGGUUGCAGAGUUGCUACAGAAAGCCGAUGAAGCCCUAGAGUCUCUCGCCUUACCCCAGCCAGAGCCCAGCUCACAAGAGGACCCAGCAACCGCCGACUCGGACACCAACAAUCUGACAGUCAAAGACGACAGCAACACGAUCAUCAAAUCCCGCCAUGGAUCCGUCCGUCUCAAGGACCUGGACCCGGCAGACAUUAACGAGGAAGAGGUCCAGAACCAGAUCAUGAACCUCGAGUCUGAAGUCGAGAGCUUGUUGAUCCAGAGUGCCGCCGCGCCGUUGAUGUUUGCGAGGGCUGAAGGCGGUAGCGGUCACAGCCGUCACCAACGCGAAGGAGGCACUGGUGCCGGGAAGACGCGUGUAAUCCGUGGAAUUCCCAAGGAGAUGAUGUUACAGUAUGGGGGUGGUGGUGAUGGUGAGGAGGAGGAUGGUCAGGACGAGGAGGAUGAGGAGGUUAGUAUGGAGGAAUUGUUGGCCCAGCAGGACGAGCAAUUGAAGCGAAUCCUGUCUUAA